AUGCCUCCCUCGAAGAAAAGGCGCGAACUUCUCCGGCCGUCCCUUCCCGCAGGCCUACUAAAAGAGUUGGGCAGCAGCGCGCCAACCUCAUCGGCCUCGCGCAGGCCAUCUCAGGCCCAGACACGAAAGGACAGGCGGAAGGAAGACAGGUCCCAGAAGCGACGGCGAGACACCAUCGCUCCACGGCGACGCACUUCAAAUGAGACUCUUUCCCGCGAGCAGUCAGCCGCGGGGAAAGUUUCCAAGCCCACCAAGCGCACACAGCCCACAACAGACGACGAUGAGUUUGGCGGCUUUUCUGGGGAAUCGGCGGACGAAUGGCCUGAUGAGUCGCCGGGUGAGUCUUCGGGUGAGGAGGAUUUGAGCAUGUCGACGCAUUCAGGGGCGACCGAGUCCAAGCUGGCCAAGCGCGAUGCAAAAGGCCCAGCUAUUGACAACAAGCUGGCCGAGGAUGACGCGGAGAUUGCAUUUCUCGAGAAGAAACUGGGAAUCAAGUCACGGAAGACCCUGCCAAAAUCGUUCCAGGAAGACGGCCUCGACGAGGUCCUCGGAGAGCUGGCUGAGCACGAGGACGAUGAGGCCCUGCUUGCAAAGAGGAAGAGAAAGGCGGAGGCGGAUGAAUGGCUGGCACAGAAGAGGAGGAAGGCCGCCCAACAAGCUUCGAAGGGAAGAGGCGAGGAGAGCGACGAGGACGAGUCCCUGGACGACCUUGAUCUUGGAAGCGACCUUGACGAUGAGGCUGACUUCGAUGAUGACGAGGACCCCCUCGGUUCGGAGCGCGAGAUGGAGGAGGCGCCGGUGCGGCAGCGCGAGAAUCCCUACGUGGCUCCAAUACCAGCAACCGCGGCCGCUCAGAAGUACGUUCCGCCGGCGCGACGUCAGGAGAGCGGCUCGGACGCAGAGCUGGUGUCGCGCAUCAGGAGGCAGGCACAGGGAUUCAUCAACCGGCUCACGGAUUCCAACUUGAUUGCGAUACUGGGCGAUAUUGAAAGGCUGUACCGGGAAAACCCACGGCAGCAUGUCACGACCGUACUGGCGGACCUCAUCCUGGUCCAGAUCUGCGAGCCUACCAGCUUGUCAGACACCCUGCUGAUCCUGUAUGGCGGUUUCGCAACCGCGGUCUACAAGGUCAUCGGCCCGGAUGUUGGAGCCCAGCUCAUCCAACAAACAGUCGAUAGAUUCCGCACGUACUAUGCCGAGGUCUCGAACAGUGCGUCGAGAGAGGUCUCAAAACAUACCUCCAACCUGAUCACGUUUCUGGCACAAACAUACAACUUCCAGCUCAUCCGGUGCAACCUGAUCUUUGACUACGUCCGGCUUCUGUUGGAGCACCUGUCCGAACUGAACGCAGAGCUUCUGUUGAGGAUAGUCCGCAUGGCAGGGCAGAACCUGCGGCGGGAUGACCCGCUGGCCCUCAAAGAUAUCGUCGCCCUGGUACGACAGGCUGUCAACAAGGUCGGGGAGGCCAACCUCUCCGUGCGGACCAAGUUCAUGAUCGAGAGCAUCAAUGACCUGAAAAACAACAGGGUCAAGACCGGGGCGAGCGGGUCGGCGGUGAUCCAAGACCACACGACGCGCAUGAAGAAGAUCCUCGGCUCGCUGAGCACAAGAAAGCUCAAGGCCACGGAGCCCCUGCGCAUCGGUCUCAAGGACAUGGAGGAAUCGGACACCCGAGGCAAAUGGUGGCUCGUCGGCGCGAGCUGGGCAGGCCGGGACGGCCCGCAAGAGAGGCUGGCCGAGAAGGAGCCAGCCGCGGAGGAUGGAGAUGAAGGCAGCUCUAGAGAAAAGGACAAGAAGACGGAGAAGGGCGGCGCAACUAGCAUACUCGACGAGGACGAGGUGCCGGACCUGGCGGCGCUUGCGAGGGAGCAGAACAUGAACACGGACGUGCGACGGGCGAUAUUCAUAGCCAUCGUGGGAGCAGUCGACUACGAGGACGCGUACAGGCGCGUGAAGGAGCUGCGGCUCACACAGAGCGGGCAGAGGAGGGAUGUGGCAUAUGUGGCGAUGCAUUGCGCGGGGAUAGAGGAAUCGUACAACCCGUACUACAGCUGGGUGGCGCGCAGGCUGUGUGAGGACAAGAGGAUCAGGUUCGCGUUCCAGGAUGGCCUCUGGAACCUGUUCCGACGGCUGGGCGAGUUGCUGUUCGGCGAGGUGGACGAGGUGAAGAUGGAUGACGAAGAGGACGAGGGCGAGGGCGAGGGGACGGGGCUGCGGCGGAUCUUCUGCCUGGGCAAGAUGUUCGGGUUCAUGGUGGCCCAUGGGACCCACGGGCUGGCCGUGCUCAAGUGCCUCAACCUGCUGCACCUGAAACCCAAGACGAGGGAUUUUGUCGAGGUGAUGCUCAUCACGCUGUUCCAGGAGCUCAAGGUGCUGGGUACCGAGCCCACGGCGAUAUUCGCGGCGGUGCCUGACAGGACGCUCUCCAAGGGGCUGGAAUGGUUCCUGAGGACCCGGGUGCGGAAGACGAAGCUGUUGACGAACAAGAAGGAGAAGAAAGUGGUCAAGCGGGGAUGUGACAAGGCCGUCGCAGCGCUUGCCAACGAAGAGCAAACAGCUGUGGAGAGCGGCUCACCCUAG